ACAAGAUGGAUGAAAAAGAGCCUAAGAAAAAAAUCUCUGAUAUAAACAAGUCAUAUCCAGAUUAUUUGAGUAUGACAAGCAAGCAUGGAAUUAGCAUCAAAGAAAUAGAACAACUUGAUAUUUCUACCAACAAACUACUUGAAAGCUUUAAAACAAUAUGCUCAAACCCUCAGCUAAAAUAUCAGAAAAUCUUCUGAAUCCAAAGAAAAAGCAUCCAAAACUCUCAUAAGGAGGAGACUAAAACUCCACAAAAGAUUUUGGAAAAAGUAAAACAUAUUAAGCACGGGAAUGGUCUGCCUGGCACUAAGAAUACUCUAAAAAGAAUGUCUACAAGAAGUCUUAAUACUGUGACUAAGCCACAAGCGAUAGAGAUUGAAAGCAUUGGCAGAAGAGAUGUGGUCUACAAAUCAGCCCUCAGGAAGCUCAGAAGGUUCUUUAAGAACAUCUUCAAAACCCAAAACUUGGAUAUUGUCGGCAGAAGGUACAUUAACUGUAGAAUCGGAUAUUUGUAUCAAAAGAUGUACCAAACCUUGACUACUGUUAUCCCAGAGGGCUACAUUACAGAUGAAUUGGUAUACUUUACCAUGGGAAUAGCAGGAAUUAGAAAGCCAUCUGAGCUUCCUUGCAGUAAUCAGAUACGUCAAGAAAUCAAAGCAAUAAUGUCUUGUGCAAGUACUUUCUCACAGAAAAAGUAUCAGAGAUGACUUCGCUCAGAAAGCUUUCAAACAUUGAUCCAAAAUGCUUCAGAGACUCAAGGAGCUUCAUGGGCUAGAGAAGUUCUUGAUGGAAUGGGUUUAUAUUAAGUUAGCAUCUAUCUUGUAAAGAAUAACACCAUAAGAAAACGACCUGAAGCCUUAUUAAUAGAUCCUUGAUAAACUUUACCACCAAAUCCUGUCUAACUUGUCAACUUCUCAAUAUAGCAUGCUUAUAAUAACAAAGAAUUUAAAGCGGAAAAUAGGUUUAUGCAAU